AUGAAAAUUAGAGAAGAAGCUAACACAAAGAAAAGCAAUAAAAUAGAAAAUGUUGUUUAUAAUGCUCUUAAAAAUAAGCAACUAUUAUGGCCAGACGGUGUAAUACCCUAUGAAAUGGAUACAGCAUUCAGUAAACAAGUCAAAGCUCUUUUAGCACCUGCUGAGAUACGGAUACUCGAGAAAGCUUUUGCACAUUAUCGUAUGUAUACCUGCAUCAAUUUUGAAAAGAGGAAGAAACAACACGACUACCUUUACAUCACAAAGGGUUACGGGUGCUACUCCCAAGUGGGUAAAACAGGUGGACGUCAAGAAAUAUCGUUGGGAAGAGGAUGUCUAUUUCAUGAGAUAGUUGUGCAUGAACUCAUGCAUGCUGUUGGAUUUUGGCAUGAACACAGUCGCGCAGGAUCAAAUCUUAGCUGUGAAAAGUUUACAGAUAGAGAUGACUACAUCAAAAUACGUUGGGAAAAUAUUCUUCCCGGUAUGCGAUCACAGUUUGAUAAAAUAUCAGCUGCAUUACAGGAUUUACAAGGCGAAAAAUAUGAUUACAGAUCAAUUAUGCAUUACGAUUCAACAGCCUUUAGUAAGAAUGGCCGAAAUACAAUUGAAACUGUGGAAGAUGGUUUUACACCAAUUAUUGGUUCGGCAAUUGAAUUAAGCAAACUGGAUAUAAAAAAGAUUAACAAAUUAUACAGUUGUCAGAAUAGGCGACGAAAAAUUGAUAAGCAAAAUGGAUCUAAAAAUGAAACAAAUACAUCAGCAAAAACAACACAGCGACCUGAACGUCAUUGUCAGGAUCAUUUUGCUGAUUGCCCACAUUUUGUACAGUACUGCAAACGGGCAUCAUUCUUUUUUGUCAUGAAAUCGUAUUGUCCACGAACUUGUAAACACUGUGAUGAUGAUGUAUGA